AUGCCUAAACCAACAGAUAUCCCCUCCUUCGCUGCGACUCAGCUCACGCUCCUCGACGCCGAACUCCAAGCCGAGCUCUCAGAGACAAACGCGCUUCUCUCAUCGCACACGCCUACCACACUCUCGCGAGCUGGUCUAGCUAUUCUGAAUCUCAACGUGGCAUCUGUACGGACUGGAUUUGGAGGCAAGACUGUGGUCGAGUUAGCGUUGGAUCCUGCCGUCGUGGCCAAGGGCGAAAAGCCGGAUAUACCUGAGCAUGGUAUACGCGUCGGUGAUAUUGUAGCGGUUCAGGACCAACCCACAGGUAGUGCAAAGAAAACGGAGAAGCGCGAGCUCGCAAAGAAGGGUGCUGAGGGUGUGGUGUUACGGGCAAGAAGGGAGAACGUGGAGAUCGUUCUGGACAAGGAGGAUGCGGAUGUGCCGAGUGGAGCGAAACUGUGGAUAGUCAAGCUGGCGAAUGACGUUACUUAUAAGAGGAUGAACCAGACGAUGAGUAGGCUCCAGAAGUUCAGUGACCAAGAGUAUACACCAUUCAUGCGAGUUCUAUUCGGUCAAGCCUCGCCUACACCACUGCCAUCAGACCUCAACGACCCCUCCAACCCCCUGUAUAAGCUUGAGUGGAAUGAUUCAUCAUUGAACGACAGUCAGAAGGAAGCCAUCAGGUUCGCCCUGGCAUCUCGAGAGGUUGCUUUGAUUCACGGCCCGCCAGGUACUGGAAAGACGCAUACGCUCAUUGAACUCAUCCUACAGCUACUCAAACAGAAGCUGCGCCUCCUCGUGUGCGGACCGUCAAAUAUCUCAGUAGACAACAUCGUUGAACGAUUAGCCUCUCACAAGGUACCAAUGGUGCGCUUGGGACACCCAGCUCGCCUUCUUCCGUCAGUGCUCAACCACUCUCUUGACGUACUCACGCGAACGUCGGAAGCUGCUGCGCUGGUGCAAGACGUUCGCAAGGAAAUGGAUGACAAACAGGCGUCUAUCCGCAAGACGCGAAACGCUAGAGAGCGACGCCAGAUCUACAACGAGCUAAAGGAGCUGCGACAGGAAUAUAGAGAGCGCGAAAAAGGAUGCGUCAAUAACUUGGUUACCGGAAGCAAGGUGGUUCUCGCUACUCUGCAUGGUGCCGGAGGCUUCCACCUCAAAGGGCAGGAGUUCGACGUUGUCAUUGUCGACGAGGCAAGCCAGGCUCUGGAAGCACAAUGCUGGGUGCCUCUUCUCUGGGCCAAGGCUGGCAAGUUGGUCCUUGCCGGUGACCACUUACAACUACCGCCUACCAUCAAGUCACUCAACUCGAAGGAAUCGAAGACAGCAAAGAAAGAAGCUAAGAAGAGCAAAGACAACAAAGACAGGACCGAAGAAACCGAAAAGAGCAGCUCAGAACUGCCCAUAAAGAUGACGCUCGAAACCACGCUAUUUGAUCGGCUCCUCGCCCUCCAUGGCCCGUCAAUCAAACGAAUGUUAAACACACAGUACCGCAUGCACGAAAAGAUCAUGCGCUUUCCCUCUGACGAACUCUACGACUCAGGACUCAUCGCUGCCGAUUUUGUCAAAGACAGACUUCUUACAGAUUUACCAUACGAAGUCAAGGACACAGAUGAUACGAGAGAACCACUGGUCUUUUGGGACACGCAGGGUGGUGACUUCCCGGAAAAGAUCGAGGACGAAGGCGUAAUCGGCAAAGGAGGUAAAGGCAUGAGUCUCGGUGACAGUAAGUCUAACGAGGCGGAGGCGGCGUUGGUCCGAAUGCAUGUUAGCAAGCUUGUUGGUGCAGGCGUUAAGGCAGAAGACAUUGCAGUUGUUACGCCAUAUAAUGCUCAGCUUGCGCUGCUGAGCGGAAUGCUCAAAGAAGCGUAUCCUGGCAUUGAGUUGGGCUCCGUCGACGGAUUUCAAGGACGAGAGAAAGAAGCUGUUAUUGUGAGUACAGUACGAAGUAACGCAGACUACGAAGUUGGAUUCUUGGGCGAGAAGCGCAGGCUGAAUGUCGCGAUGACACGACCCAAGCGACACCUCUGCGUGAUCGGAGACUCGGACACGAUUAGCAAGUAA